GUAAUGAUGACACAGAAAACCACAAUUCACAAGAAGUGGUUGGAGGAGAAAGUACAGCGUUCGCCACACAACAUCGCGGUGCUGCAGCUGGCACGGCCGUCUUCCUACCCAGUGCCAAAGCGCUUGUCUGAUCACUUUGAAUUGGUGACUGGCAUGAAGUUGGAUGCCCUGGGGUGGGGACCCAACCGUGAUGGGCCAGCCCUUGGGGGAGCCAUAUUUGGUGCUCUGACAGUGGAGCAGCAGGAGUUUAUCGACAUGAGUGUCUGCAACCGUGCCACGCUCUGGGAUGGUGCAGUGCCUUCUGGCACAUUCUGUGCAUUGAACAAGGGACACAAGGCCUCGUGCGUCGUCGACUCAGGCUCUCCGCUCAUGCUGCUGGAUGCUCCCAACAGCGAUAUUAGGUCAGGAGCAGCAGACUUCGACUUUGUUGUGGGCUUGAACGUGGAUGGUUCGCCCUGUGGAGCUGAGGGGAAGCCUGACGUCUACGUAGACGUGAGGGGCCACCAUUCAUUCAUUCAAGGGAUCAUUGACGAUGGCCACGAUGAGUUAUGA